AAUCAUAACGUAGUUUAUAAAGUACAGUCACGGGUUGUGUCUAAUCCCGUCUGCAUGCAUCCCGUCCCUCUCAUACCGUUCAGUCCCGCGGGUCACAGGGGCAGGGCGGGCGGUCAACAGCAGCUCACACUCACGGAGGACCACUCAGCGUCAGCUACAGAUGUCAUCGAGGCUACCUCCUGAAGACGCUUGAGUGAGGAGACAUAAUGACGGAGGGUGUGAGGGUUCAUCAGGCCCAGGCAAACAGCGCUGCUGUAGAAACAGAUCCUGGGUCUGAGGAGCCGGACCAACAGGAAGAGGACUCCUCCAGUAUUUUAGAGGUGCAGCACCGCUCCACCGGAGGAGCGGAGGACAGCAGCGGUGGCCCGGUGGCUCCUGAUGGUGGCUGGGGUUGGGUGGUUGUUGCGGCUACCGUUCUGGUCUUAGCAAUGACUCUGGCUUUCCCUUCUUGCAUCGGGAUAUUUUACACAGACUUGCAGAACAACUUCCAAGCCAGCAACACUGAAACGUCAUGGGUGCCAGCCAUCAUGAUGGCAGUGCUGCAUGCAGGCGGCCCCAUAUGUAGUGUUCUCGUGGAGUGCCUUGGUUGCCGUGCUACAAUAAUUAUUGGCGGGAUCCUGAGCGGACUGGGAAUGGCAGCCAGCUCAUUUGCACAGACAAUGGUAGAGCUGUAUAUCACUGCUGGCAUUAUCACAGGAAUGGGAUUCUCUUUGUCAUUCCAGCCAUCGAUCACAAUGGUGGGCCACUACUUUGUGCGGCGCAGGGUGUUUGCUAACGCCUUGUCUUCCACUGGCACCGCACUCGGGCUGAGCACCCUACCAUUGCUAGCCAAUUAUCUGCUCAGCAGCUUUGGCUGGCGGGGCAGCUUUCUGGUGCUGGGAGGGGUCCUGCUGAACUGCUGCGUUUGUGGGGCCGUAAUGCGCCCCCUUGGGGCCAAACCAAAGAUGGAAGCCAGAAGCGGACAGACGGACAAUCGCCAACUCAAAACCAAUUGCCUUUCCAUUACUCAGGAACGAGAGGGUCUGAAAGGCCGUCUGCGGGCCACUCUCUCCACCGUCAUGCCUUUCCUGCGCAGACACAUGGCUUUCGACCUGCUGUGCAGUAACCCGUACUUCUGUGCCUAUGCUCUUGGGGUGUCCUGGAUGAUGCUGGGCUUCGUGGUGCCCCUCGUUUACCUGGUUCCCUAUGCCACCGCUUACGGUAUGGAGCAAGACCGAGCCGCUCUACUGAUGGCCAUCCUGGGGUUGAUCAACAUCACCGUUCGGCCAGCGACGGCGCUGGUUUUUGGGCUGCCUCGCUUCCGUGGAAGCCAUAACUUUGCCUACCUGUUUGCCACAGCGGUGCUGAUUAACGGAUUAAGCAACUGCAUCUGCGGGAUGGCGACGAGUUUCCCAGUACUGCUGGCGUAUGUUAUAGUGUUUGGGUUUUCCAUGAGCCUCGUCGGCUCCUUGUUGUUCACCGUACUGAUGGACACGGUCGAGAUGAGCCGCUUCCCAUCCGCCUUGGGCCUCAUCAGCAUUAUGGAGAGCGUCAUGCUGCUGCUUGGCCCGCCGUUAGCAGGAAUGCUGGUUGACAGCACUAGCCAAUAUGCCUAUGUGUUCUUCGCCUGCAGCAUAACCGGCUCCACCGCCGGUCUCUUCAUCAUGCUGUCCUUCUACUGGCUGGACAGACAGAAGUGCAGAGAGGUCAAGAGCUCCUUUACUCAUAAAGACAUUAACUCACUGAAGCCCAGCACUAAGAUGACCAUAGACUGUGAUUACAGUCCAGUGCCUUUACAUGGUAACAAUAUCAGAGACAUGGAGACUGAUGUUUGAUGUGUGACUCAUUUUGUUCAUUCAGUGCACAGCUAGUCUUUUCUUAUCCUUAUCUUGUUAGUGGACAAUCAGACGUAUUUGCCAUAGCUUAUGUACACAGAUAUGGUGCAGAGAGGUUCUUGGACUGCUGUAAAAAUAGACUGGACCAGCAUUGCUGGUUUAACUUUGCAUAGUCCUUUUCUAUUACAUGGUGCCACAUGGGAACUUCAGAUCAUCUCUCAAAACAUUUUGAAAAUCUCAUUUCAGUUAUUACUCUAGCCUCCUUCAGGAUUGCUAACACAGGCCAGUUGUAAUUGACAUUCACACAUUACUGUAAUUUAGAUUCUUCUGGGAUCAAAUGAAUGUAGAAAACACAGAACGUGAGAUUUUUUAUUUAUUACUAGAUGCCUUAAAUUAUAAAUGGUAUAUCUAUUAUAUAUUUUUUUUAGUUUUGUGUAGAUACUGCUUUUUAAAAUCAGUAACUUAUUUAUAUAUUUGUAUGUAUUAAAGGAAAUGGUUGCUUUGUGUGUUGUCUGUUAGUUUCAUUGUUUGAGCUCUAUGGUAAAUAGUUGACUCUGCUGAAAGUGUAAAACAGUAAUUCUCGAGGACCAAUAAUAAAUCAAGUAAUGCUGGACAGUCCCAUAUUCCCCCUUUUUUGUACACUUUAUACAAACAGAGUACUGUGUGGUGUUUGUUCAGGACAGUGCUAAAAAUCCAAUGACAAAUUGCAUAUGAAUACAUAAUAUUAUUUGUGUGUUUAUUGCAUUUAAUGUCAUUUUAAUAGGAAUUUAGUGUUAGCACAGUGCUGCUUCUUAUAGACUUGUUUCCUUUUAGUAAUAUUAGUCUCAGCUCCUAAGAACCACAAGAGGGCAGCAAUGUAAUGAUAUUUAAAUUCUUAUCAAAAACUUUGUAUGUUUUUAUUUGUAGUUUUUUGUUCGUUUUCAUCAUGAAGAUGUCUAAACAGUACACGACAAUUCAAUUUCACAAUUCAUGCGAUUAAAUUUGCAUGUUAGUUUAAUAAACAUGAAUUGUCCUGUUAUGGAAAUAAAUGUCUGAUUAAAAUGAUUAAUAAAAUACAUUUUAUGAAUGCAUCAUAAGAUAUUUUACUAUAACCAUGAAUACAUUUUAUUUCCCGUUAUUCACUGGUGAGCAUAAGAUAUUUCUUUUGAGAACACAUUAAAAAAAAAAAAAACUUGUGAACUUUAAAUAAGGCAUCAUUCGUUAACAUUCCUUAAUGUACUAACAUGAAUCUGAUCUCUGAUCUUAUGGCUGUUUGAGAAAUUUUUUUUUUUUAUUAUUAUGUGUAUUAUAUGUUAUUAUUAUCAUCAUAGAGGAUGGAUCGUGUUCAUAAUGUGUUAUAAAUCAUCACACUCUUAAAAGCUAUAACCACAAAUAACUAUUAUAAUACAUUAAAACUGUUCUUAUGAAUAUUCAUGAGAUAAUACAACAAAGUUAUUUAUAAUGCAUU